AUGAUAUCAAAAAAGAAGAAGAAAUACAAGGGGACAGGCGGAGGUGUAUAUAACUUGCUGAAAUCGCCAUCAUAUCUUCAUCCGCUCGUAGAAGAUCUUGCGGAAAAGCACCAUAUAUUCGGAGUACUCGGUUUAGAUGAAGAAUCGGAUGGCGAGCUCGAAUAUAAGUCUGACGAUGCACUUGCUCCGAACGGGUUAGGAAUAAGGUAUAGGGUUUUGCCAGAUUGUGAAGGUUGUAUCGGCUGCGGACAUUGGUCACGCAGUACGCACCAAGUUUCGGGCCAAUCACAUUUCAAAAAUGCAAUUGGAGAAGAAGAAGAGGUUGUUUUGGAUAAUUCACCUGAAACAUUUGAGGAAGGUCGUAAAAAACCAGCAACAACCGACCUGGCAUUAUCAAAACCUAAGAGCAUUGCAGCCCGAUACAGCAUUUGCAAACAGCUCACCUUUUAA